GUCAUGCCCGAUUGUAUUUACUGCUCCACACCACAUAGUUAGUGGCGCCUAGCAACCAGCAGACGCCACAACACACCAGGGACAACAAGGGGUGAGGACGCCUCCGAUUUUCCUGUCCUGCUGCAUCCUACCGCAGAGCGAGGGAUACGUCUGGAAUCCAGCGUGAAGACAAACCAAGAGGAUGAAGGUUUGCCAAAAGAAAGACUGAUACCCAACUCAUUCGUAGCCCAUCUUCGAAGGCACCCCCACCCCACAUCUUCCAGCUGUCAGUUUGAGAAUAAAUUAAUAUGGCAGCUCUUCACUCUAGUGGAGACCAGUGGUACUGCAGCCUGCAGCAGCCAACUGAGGGACAGCCGUCGGAGCUGAAGAGGAAGACGGAGCUCCAGGGCUGUGGCCAUGGAGCCAGACCAAUCAGAGAGGCCUGGGAUGUGGCACUCGCACGUGAUUGGCUGGAUGCUGAUGAGAAUAAAGAGAUCAGGGUUUACCUGCUGAAAAACAUUUUGCCAACACUGAUUCCCUGCUUGGAGAAGCUUCUCAGAGAGGCAGAGGCAAGGGGGGAGGUAGCAAGAGGGAGCGCGACUGAGGAAAGCGAGGCAGCUCCCCAGCACAGCUUCAACCCUUUGAAUUUCCUGGCCCAUAACCUGAUGAGGACCUCACCUCCUCCAUGGAGCUCCUGCCAGAUCAUCCAUCUCUGUGGCGCCCCCUAUUGCCACUCGGCUGGACCCUAUUACCACCUUGGUUUGGAGCUCACGGUGCAGGAGCUGCAGAGAUCGAUGGGUGGAGAGCGAGACGGCAGUUCCAGGGUAUCGCAGCUACAGCAGCAGGUGAAGGAACACAGGCUGGAGGAGCACAGUCUGCACAGAGAAGCACAGGGAACAGCUGGACCGACAGCGGGGACACCUGACAAAGAGCACCCCAUGUGACAUGACAGACGCCACGCUGAAGAUGCCACACCCUGGAGAGGCAUUUUAAAGAGGAAUCUCCACACUGUUAACAGACGUCAAUAAAACAUAGUGUGGGUUGCACGAA